GGCCGGGGGCGGCGGGGACAUCGCGGACAUCGCGGGGCGAAGGGAGCGCCACGGGCGGGGCAGGACCGCCGCGGGGCCGUGUUUUCCUGGGGGCUGUCGGGGCUGGGAACGGGCCCGGGCCUAGGCCUGGGGUCGGCCUCCGAAAGGUCUCGGGCCGCUGGUGUUCAGUUCCUUUCCUCCGAAGUCGUUUAGUAGCGUCUCCGCGGGGUGAAGGAAAGCUGCCGGGCUGCGCUGCGGGAACCGGAGGGCUGCUCUCGGGGCUGGCUGGGCUGAGCGAGGACUGGCCUGCCUGUGCUCUGUUUGAAGUGCCAUUUCCUCAUUUCUUACCUGGGACUUAGAGCAGCUUCUUCAUUUUGAAAUCUGACACAAGUACCGUUGUAGCUUACUGGGAGAGAGUCAGUUCAGCACUUCAAUGACUUGGAUUGAUGCUCUUGUGCUUGUCUGAAGCUGGCUUUGUCCCUGUCUCGGAAUAGGUGGAAGAACGGAGCGGGCCGUUAGAGAAAAAUGUGUUCUGAAUGAUAGCUACUGCUUGCUGAACUGAACUGCAGAGAUCUCGUGCUUGGAGAUGAAGAUGAUAAAACGGAGGAAAUAAUCCAACUGCUGCCAUUGUGACAACUAAAAGAUCCUUUGUGCCAAAAUGAGCAGUCUUUGAGAAAAUCCUGGAAAGCUGUUAAACCUGAAAAAUGGGAGAAAGAGUAAGGAGCCCAGAUUCUGAACAGGAGAGGAAAUCAGACGAGGAUAAAAAUAGUGACUCCUAUUAUUCAGAUGAAGGUAAUGCAUCUCGUUCAUCCAGCCAGUCGCCAGCACUAAGCUCUCCAUCUACAAACCAAGAAAAAAGACAUCACAAAACACAGAUUUCAAACAGCCUGUUGCACUACCAAGCCACAAAGAAAUUGGAUUCCAAAUAUGCACCAAGCAAAAGAGGGACACGGUGGGGUUUCCGUUCUCAGAGCCUCACUAGGGAUUCUCCUGCAAAAGAUAUAGAUCUUGUUACAAAAAGAGUUCUUUCUGCUAGGCUGCUGAAAAUCAAUGAGCUCCGAAAUGAACUGACUGAACUCCACAUCAAACUGGAUGAGCUGCAGAAGGAAAACAGGGCACUGAAGAGGCUUCAGCACAGGCAGGAGAAAGCCUUGAAUAAGUUUGAAGAUACAGAAAACGAAAUCUCUCAGCUCCUUGCUCGGCACAACAAUGAGAUUAGAAUAUUAAGGGAGCGCCUACGAAAAUCUCAGGAGAAAGAACGUGCAACUGAGAGACGGCUGAAAGAUACUGAAGAUGAACUGUACAGGAAAAAAACUGUCUUGCAGAAACUGAAAAAGCUGUCUGCAGAUAAGCACCUUGCUGAAAGAGAUGACCUGGCAAAGAAACUAGCCUUAGCAGAGAGCAAACUGGAGGACAGAGAAAAAAGAAUUAAGGAUCUGGAAAGAAAUCUUGAAUUAAGUAGUAGCAGUUUUCAACGAGAGUUACAUUCAAAGAAAAAGAAGUUGUACGAGGCUCAAGAAGAAAACAGAGUUCUCCAAGAAGAGCUUAAUCAGCUAAAUCAGAAGCUGAAGGAAAAAGAAAGAGAACUUGAAGCAAAAAAUAUAUAUGCUAAUCGUAUGCUGAAGUCAUCACCUAGAAAAGACACGGAUAUUGUACAAAGAAAAAGAGCCAACAACCAAAAUAUUAAAAAGGGACCCCAGCUCACAAAAAGUGUACAGACGAGUGGAUGCUUCUCACCAGCAGAACUUCUUCCAGAAUCAGAACUUGUCUGUGGUGACACAGCAAACAAGAAAGAAGGAAUUCUUCCUAAAAUAGAAAAAGAAACUCAAGACGAAGCACGGAAAGAACAAACAGAACUCCUAAAACAAGAACAAGACAGUGAGAAGGAAGAUAAACUGAAGCAUUUUCAGGAAAUACAGUCCUUAGAGGAGAGGGUUUCAAAACUUCCUGACGAGUGGCAAAGGAAAGAAUAUGACAAAACUAAAAAAGAAAGCAACUUUUUGUUGGAAAAAGAAGAGAAAAUAAAGAUGGAGACAGAAAUUCACAAACCUGAAGUAGAGAGAGAAAGCACUGAAACUCUGGAAGAGCGGCGAAAAAGAGAGUUCCUGCUUGCUAAAAUGCAAGAAAUUGAUAGAGAAAUUCAAAAUACAACAAACCCAAAAACAACUUCCCAAGCACCACUCAUAAAUACAGCAAGAAAAUCUGAUUCCCUGGAGAAAAAAGAGAAAAUGAAUCCAUUCUUUGAGAUUCCCGGGAAGGUUACUAAUGGAUUUCCUGUAAAGGACAGCCAGGAUGAUGGCACAAGAGCACAGGGGCAGAGGCAGCGAAAUGUAAGGACUGUAGAUUUAAGUAGUGAGUUAGCAUUUGGUGGUUAUGUACCUUCCUUUGGGAAGGGAUCAGGGAGACCAAGUUGGCUCACUCAGAAAAGUGACAAAUUAGAAGAAAAUGCUAAGGAAAAUGCAGAUUUCAAUAGUAAGAAAGAAAAGAAGUCCAAUUUAAUGGAACAACUCUUUGGAAGCAGUGCCAGUACCAUUCUUCUUUCUAAAAAUAACAAUACACCACCUUUGGGCAUAGAUUGGGACUCUAGUAAUAAGCCUUUUGUUGAUAAAAACAGUAAAGUCAAAGUAAAAGAAGACAAUGGGCUUUUUGGUGAAGGAAGAAGCCUAAACUGACACCGUCUGCAGUACACUACAAACAAGCCAGGAGUUAAUACCCUUGGUUCUUUAGAAGAUGAAGUUGAAGAAGUAGUCUUACAGUGAUCGUGUUUUAUAUGUUUCAUAUGUAAAUACUGAAAAACUAUUUUCUUGUAAUAUUUAUUAGGUGUAGAUUUGAAAUAUUUCAGAUUCAUUGUAAAGCCUUAUGAAGGAAUAAUUUUCAUAAAUGGGUAUGUGUAUAGAGGAGAGAUGCAGAGGAGAGAUGCUUGGGGUUUUUUUACUUGUAUUUUUACCUGUAGGCUGCUCACAGUACACUGCUUUUCAUUUGGAGUAUUUCUUUUAGGCCUCAGAUACUUUCUUUCUUGGGCAUUUAGAGAACCUCUUAACUGUGCCAGGAGAAGGCAUGUGUAAUAUCAGUCAUGAAAUGAGUAGAAGAGACAUUCUUAGCGCUAAUUCUCUUAGAAAGAGAGUAUUUUACGCUGCUGUUAUCUCAGAAGAAUAUCAAAAGAAGCACAAUUAACUCAGGAACAGCUGCUCUCUCCUUUUGCAUAGGUUUUUGUGGACCUUACUACCAAAUGUGUAACUCUUCUCAUAUAUUCAGAUUAUAUUUGUUAUACAAUGCCAUCUUUUGUAAUUUCUGAAUUUUCUAUGUAAAAUUCCAAUCAUUACUAAGUAAUUUUUUAACAAAUUGGUUUUAUUAAAUGAGUUGAGUAAAUUUCUUGUGUGUAGAUCAUCUUUAACACAAAGUUCUGACUUCAUAUAUCAUAUUAUUGUUACUGGGGGUGAUGCCUUGUGAAGGCUGACCUA